AUGGGAAGUCCUUCCUCCUCUCAUUCCGAACUGCUUUGUUCCUAUGUUCCUGUACCCGAUGGACCCCACUCUCCCGCAGAGCCUCCAAGAAAGGUGAUGAAGGUGUUUGUCAUCUUCUGUGGCAUGCUAGUGCUUCUGUUUAUUCUGGCCUUCAAUGGCGAUCAUGUCACAUCAACAUUAACAACAACAACCAAUGAACAAGAAUUCAGCCCUCGUACUCAUACAGUACCAUGCUCAACAUUGAAGCCAUUUUCACGUGGCGUGUCUUCCGGGGUGUCGUGGAAAUCUAGCUUUAACAACGAUGAAUCAUAUCCUUGGAACAAUACCAUGUUGUCAUGGCAGAGAACGGUUUUCCAUUUCCAACCUGAGAAGAAUUGGAUGAACGAUCCUAAUGGUCCUUUGUACUACAAAGGGUGGUAUCACUUCUUCUACCAGUACAAUCCGAAGGGUGCAGUUUGGGGUGUCAUAGUUUGGGGGCACGCUGUAUCAAGGGACUUGAUUCACUGGCUUCACCUUCCACUAGCCAUGGUGGCUGAUCAAUGGUAUGACAAAAAUGGUGUUUGGACUGGCUCUGCCACCAUCUUACCUGAUGGUCAAGUCAUCAUGCUAUAUACUGGUUCCACCAACGAGUCAGUGCAGGUCCAAAACCUUGCAUACCCCGCAGACCCCUCUGAUCCUCUCCUUGUUGAUUGGAUCAAAUACCCUUCAAAUCCUGUCCUGUUCCCCCCACCAGGCAUUGGUACGAUGGAUUUUCGUGACCCCACCACAGCUUGGCUCACCUCUGAAGGCAAGUGGCGCAUCAGUAUUGGUUCAAAGCUUAACAAAACUGGCAUUGCCUUGGUUUAUGAUACCAAUGACUUCAAGACCUAUGAGCGUGUGGAGGGACUGCUCCAUGCAGUGCCUGGCACUGGCAUGUGGGAGUGUAUUGACUUCUUCCCAAUUUCCAUCAAGGGUGAAAAUGGCUUGGAUACUUCAAUCAAUGGGGAGAAUGUGAAGCAUGUGGUAAAGGUUAGCUUGGAUGAUGAUAGACAUGAUUACUAUGCAGUGGGGACUUACGAUGAGAAGAAUGUUAAGUUCACACCAGAUGACUUGAAGAACGAUGUUGGAAUUGGACUCAGAUAUGACUAUGGCAUAUUUUAUGCAUCAAAGACAUUUUAUGAUCAGAGCAAGGAGAGGAGAGUGUUGUGGGGUUGGAUUGGAGAGUCUGAUAGCGAAUAUUCUGACGUAGCCAAAGGUUGGGCAUCAGUUCAGGGUAUUCCAAGAACAGUGACACUUAAUAAGAAAACUGGUAGCAGGUUACUUCAAUGGCCUGUAGCAGAGGUGGAAAGUUUGAGACUGAGAAGUGACGAGUUUGAAAAUUUGAAGGUGAAGCCAGGGUCAGUGGUGCCUCUUGAAAUUGAAACAGCUGCACAGUUGGACAUUGUAGCUGAGUUUGAGAUAGAUAACAAAGCCUUGGAGAUGACUAGCCAGUUCAAUAGGGAGUACGAGUGUAGCACCAGUGGUGGAGCAGCAGAACGUGGUGCCUUAGGACCAUUUGGUCUUCUAGUUUUGGCUAAUGAAGAUCUUUCUGAAUACACUCCCACAUACUUUUAUGUAGUUAAAGGAAGCGAUGGACAACUUAAAACAUCCUUUUGCUCUGAUCAAUCAAGGUCUUCUCUAGCAACUGAUGUUGGUAAGAAAAUCUUUGGAAGCUUUGUUCCAGUACUAGAAGAUGAAAAAUUGUCUUUAAGAAUAUUGGUGGACCAUUCUGUGGUGGAAAGCUUUGCUCAAGGUGGAAGGACAUGCGUGACAUCCCGAGUUUAUCCAACCAAGGCAAUUUAUGGAGCUGCUAGAUUGUUUUUAUUCAAUAAUGCUACUGAGGCCACUGUGACUGCUUCCGUUAAAGUUUGGCAAAUGAAUUCUGCAUUCAUACGCCCCUUCAAUCCAAACCAACGUAAUUAA